GUGUUCCCAAGAGCCUAUGCAAUAAAGACGAAAGCCUUUGUAAUCAACCUCUCGACUCCAAGCCUGUUAAUUCUUACACCACUAAGAACCACUUUCGAGCCUCCAACAAUUGAUGACGCCGACGUGAUUCGCUACAUCUACAUUUGGAUAAGGUAGGCAAUGAAAAAACCUGUGAAACCUUAUGAAUGCCUAGAUACGAAUCUUGAACUAGAGAAAGUAAAAGGCUUUGGAGGAGAGGAGUGGUUACAAAUGCUUUAAAUUGCUAGGAUGUAUGUUUCCCUGAAUGUAAGGAAGAUUGAAUGUUAAAUGUUUCUUGCUAAAAGCUUUUCUACUGUCGUACCCUGUAAACUCGGGCAAGGAUUUUUCCGGCGAUCUCUAUUAUAACCCGUAUGUUUAGGUACAAAUAUACUAUGGGCCUCUUUAAACAAUAUUCGAGUAAACUGAGGACAUAACUUUUUAGGACUUUUUUGAAUCUAGCAAAAGGGUAAAAAUCAAAAAAGUCUGGACAAAUCGUCAAGUAACCAACAAAUGGUUAACAGUACGUGUGUGAUGACUGUAAUUGCGUUACGCUUCAAAACAAGGCUGUUGGGAAAAUCAUGUUAGCCAAAGAUGUUGAAAAUUCGACGAGCAUCUGCGUGACUAACGUUUUCAACAGACCUCAAACAAAUUAUUAUUGUAAUAUCCGUCCUGUCUAGUUACACUAUUAACAACAAGUGACAGCAAAGUAUAGAGGCCUCUAUUACUGUUGUCGAAAGUGAGUCAGGACUAGCUAUCCGAAAAGAGUCAUCUUAAGACGUGCUGAAAAAAACGUAGUUAGAUAGAUAUCCGUAGAUAAUGUAUAUAAUGUAUAAGAAAGCUAUGUUUUUAUGACAUUCCGAGAGAUGGGAGUCUUGGGAAGUUCCGAAAGUUCCUAAGGCAGCUGUGUUCAAAAGGCUGUUGAAAGAGCAAGAGGAACAAAAACACUAAAAUCUCUGUUAAAAUGCUAAAAAACAUGUGUAAAAUGGAGUCAGGUUAAAAACGAAGAAGAAAACCUAUUGACUGUUUUGAUAUUAACACGUAAACCCUGACAAAAUCAGCAAAGUUGAGUCUGAAACAUGAGAGAUUACGGCUGUUGCGCAAUCGUUCCAGGCUCACUUCAGAAGAGUGGCUUGUAGGGGAGGGGGUGAGCAAGGGUUUUUCAAAAUAAAGGCGUCGCCCUGAACAAUGUGUGAAUAUCGUAAAUCAGCAAUAGAUGAGAAGAAUGAAUAUAUAGGAGAAAUGAGAACAAUAAUUUAACUAAUUGAUGAAAUUACCGAAUGUAAAAUUAUGAAUUUAAUUAGUAAAAAUGUUCAAUUUGAGAAAUAAUUAAAGUAAUUAAAGUAAAGAACAAGCAAGUGCUGGACCUGGUAGAAUUGUGGACUAUGAAUGUGCGUGUGCGGUUGAGAAUAUGUGGGCACACUGAUUUUCAGUCUUUUUAAGGAAAAACUGCCUAAUUACCCGUAUAAAAUUAACAGACAAGCCUAAACUAAGAACAUGGCUGAUCACGCACAAGAAAUGGUGAAGAACGAUAAAUGUAUGGAAUUGAGAAGAUAAAUAUGGAAAGGUUUAACAUUGAUGUUAACAAGGUCAUAAUCCUGAAGAGUUUUAAUGUUUGUAUAUAAAGGAUAGGAGUAAAGUUGUGACAUAGGAAGCAUUGUGUCUGCUGCUUUGCGGCCCGCUCGGCCCCCACCUUUUCUCAUUUGGGACGAGGGUUUCCUUAGGAUGAGAGGUGGGGGCCGGGCCCGGCGCGGGGCAGAGCAGGGAGCAGUGUGACCUGAACAGAAUAAAAUCAAAUAAUGGUGGCAUAUCCUUAGACCAACAGAAGAGGAAACAUUAAAAAACAAGUAAAUGUAUAUAAUUUCAAGAUAAGUCAACAAUUUAAACUAUGAUAGGAAAAUAUCUGUGUAAAGUUUGUAGAAACUGACCGGAAAGGUUUCAAGGGGUUGAAAUGUUUAAAGUAACUGUAAGCAAAAAAAAUCUGAAAGUAAACUUGAAGGAAUGCAUAUAUAAGUUGUCUCACAUUCUCUUCUCUCUGAACAUUACAGACGGAGAGGCGAAAAUCUGGCACAAGUACAACAAAAGGGUUUACACAAGCCCUUUCUCAAAGUGUUCAUAUAGGAAGUAAUAAAAAUAGAACUGUGUUUCUGUUGCGUGUGCAGAGUGAUUUUCCCGUUCAAAAAGGCCACUGCCACAUAAAUGCUAUGCACAAACACAUACAUACUAUACAGGGGUAUAGUCUUGAGAGUUUCUCCAAACUGAUUCAUAUCUCAUUAUAGUUGGUGAUAGAGAGGACAAGGGUUGUUUUGACUUGUUGAAUGAUAUACCUGUAUUUGAGCUUAGAUCACCGAGCUGCUGUGCCUAACAGCUACCACCCGUGGCAGAGAGAGCAAGGAUGCAGGAGGGAAGAGCAACCCCUGACCAGACUCUCUCUACAGCACCCCAUGUGUUCCAGAUGAGUACUAGCGCUGCCCCACCCAGAAGGACUUUGGUUGAGAGGAGAGGGGGGCAGAGGCAAUGCCAAUUCCAACAGGGGCAGAUAAUGAAAUGCUGGAAACUGUUUUAACCCACGAACAACUUUUAGCAACAUACUUCUACGUAAGAUGUCUGCUGGAUGAAGCCGAGCAGCGUGCCAAGGCUGACAGGAUCCCAAGACCACAUGAUGACAUCACUGAUGUCCAAGCUGGGUUCCAGUCUGCAGUAGUGAGACUUAAGGUACAGGGAGUGGGAAGUACAUCAAUUGACUCUCUUAACAGGCGUCCUAUGUCCACUGGAAAGACCCUCCAUGAGCAGCCCAACAAGCUCCCAGAUGGGGGUGUCGACGCAAGGGUGUAUCUACUAACUGAAAAAGGACUGAAGGACCUCGAGAGAGACGUUGGAAAAGGAGCUCGCAAAGAAUGCAAGAAAGGAAAACAAUCUUCGACCAUCCCCCUUCCAACUGCCUCAUGCGAUCCACCUACUGGCCAGGAAGAUUGGCCGCCCCCUUACGAAUGGGGGAAUGGAGGUCAAAGGGCAAUGACAGAGGCCAUGCUGUCCCGAGGAAACCCCACCCUGCAACAAGGUAAAAAAGUACGGCUUUGCUGGGGAUGUGGAGGAAAAGGACAUUUUAAGCAGUCCUGCCCCGGCCGAAGACAGAAUGACACCCCAGUUAGAGUUCCAGUGACGGAGGGCUGUGGGCAGCCACCUAGAGCAAGACAAUUUUUGUUUCAGGAACCCAGUGGUUUGAGUGAUUUGCUGUGGUGGACAGGACUAAAACAGGUACAGUUAUUACAGUUUGAUUAAAUAUCCCCAAACUCUGCUUGAAAGCAGGAGAUAUAAAGAAGAGGUCAAAAUAUUAUUAAUAUGUGAAGGAAUAUGAAGAAUUUGGGUUGUCACUGACUAACAUAUUUUUUCUAUCCCUUAGGAAUCGCAUAGAUAUGAACUAUGCGAUGGGGGGAAGGGGGGAUAGG